AUGGCCAUCGCCGUCGAACGAGACAUGCACAUCGCGCAAAUCGACGUGACCACGGCGUACCUAAACGGAGUCAUGGAUACCGACGUUUACAUGGAGAAGCCUGAAAUGCUCACACAAAUGAUCAAAAGGAUCAUCUCAGUUGAGAGCGACAGCAUUCUGAUCGGAAAAGCAAAGCGGAUGCUGCGCCAACUUAAUGAGGGAGACAAAGUGUGCAAGCUUAAUAAAUCUUUAUACGGAUUACGUCAAUCCGGACGACUAUGGCACACGAAGCUCACUUCGACGUUGAAAGGAUUCGGCCUGAUACCAACAGCCGCCGAUCCGUGCGUAUAUCAUGACAAAGACAAUAACAUUCUCCUAUUGAUAUAUGUAGACGAUAUUCUGAUCACCUCGCGCGAUACACACGCAAUCCAAGAGCUAAAGAAGAAACUGAGCGACGCUUUCAUGAUCAAGGAUCUGGGAGACGUGAAGUACUGCUUGGGCAUCGAAGUGACACGCGACAGGGAGGGCAUUCAUCUCUCCCAAGCCAGCUACAUUCGCGAUGUAUUAAACAAAUUCAAGAUGAGCGAUUGUAAGCCCGUGCGAACUCCCAUGGAGACAGGCAUCAAACUUCACAGCGUCCAGGACGACACAGCCACAAACGACCCCGAAAUUCCAUACAAGGAACUCGUAGGAUCCCUGAUGUACAUCGCGCAAGGUACUCGUCCAGACAUCGCUUACGCAGUGAGCGCCUUGAGCCAGUUCAAUUCGUGCUACACAAUGGCCCACUGGUCAUGCGCUAAGAGAGUACUUAGAUACCUAAAAGGAACUCUCGACCACGGCCUGACGUUCACAAAAAGCGGCAAGAACCUUACCGGAUACGUUGACGCCGAUUGGGGAAAUUGCAGCCUGGAUCGUCGAUCAUAUACCGGAACCGCCUUUCUAUUAGCCAACGCGGCCAUAUCCUGGGAGGCGAAGAAACAAAGAACAGUGGCCCUCUCAUCAACGGAGGCGGAGUACACCGCUCUUAGCGAGGCCGCACGAGAGGCCAUCUACUUAUCUGGAUUCCUGAAGGAAGUGGGUAUGACUUCUUUCGCGAAGGUAUUACUCCACAACGACAAUCAGAGCGCAGGAAAGCUUGCCGUCAAUCCAGUAUAUCACUCGCGCUCGAAGCACAUAGACAUUAAAUGUCAUUUCAUUAGGCAAGCCUUCACGGAGCAUGAAAUCGAACUCACGUAUACGCCAACGGAGGAAAUGAGAGCCGACGUGUUGACAAAGGCUUUACCAAGUGCUAAACAUCACUUCUGCGUCGACGGGAUCGGAAUAAAGGUCAUCGACAUCUCGCGUAUUCGAAUUUGA